ACAGGGAGGGACGGAGGAGAAGCAUGGACUGUGGAGAGCCUCUCACUGCUCACCAUGGGGAGAAGCUGGAGUCUGCUCAUCCUGGUGGUCCUCAUGUCUGCCACAGUCUACAUGCAAGGUACCGGUCACACUGCGGCUGACUGCUGUCUCCAGACCAGUAACAAGCGCAUCCCGUUCAGCGUCGUGGUGGGAUAUAAGAUACAAACAGCGUACAGAGGAUGCCCCAUACCAGCCGUGGUGUUCUCUACAAAUACGAAGCCCCCAACAAAUCUGUGUUCUACCCCUGGCAUGCCGUGGGUUAAUAGACUGAUCAAGAAACUGGAGAAGAUGAAAAGAGAUGAUGGAAAGAAAGACAAGAUCGAUGGGAGAGCAAGGAAAGCAAAAUAAGUGUGAGCCGAGGUCCAUGUGAGUGUCACACAGAGCGCAGACACAUCCAAAACAAAUUUUAUAUCUGCCCAGAAAGGAGAAGCUGAAGAGAUGGACCCUGUACAGCCAGAGCCACUAAUACUGCAUACUCUGUACAGUGAAUGACAGGAUAACUUCUUACUGUUACUACACAGAUACUUUCUUACUACACAGAUACUUUCAUCCUACCGUUACUACACAGAUACUUUCUCCCUACUGUUACUACACAGAUACUUUCUUACUACUGUUACUACACAGAUACUUUCUUCCUACUGUUACUACACAGAUACUUUCUUCCUACUGUUGCUACACAGAUACUUUCUUCCUACCGUUACUACACAGAUACUUACUUUCUUCCUACUGUUACUACACAGAUACUUUCUUACUACCGUUACUACACAGAUACUUCCUUCCUACUGUUACUACACAAAUAGUUUCUACCUACUGUUACUAUACAAAUACUUUCUCCCUACUGUUACUACACAGAUACUUUCUUCUUAUUCUUACUACACAGAUACCUUCUUCCUACCGUUACUACACAGAUACCUUCUUCCUACCGUUACUACACAGAUACUUUCUUCCUACUGUUACUACACAGAUACUUUCUCCCUACUGUUACUACACAGAUACUUUCUCCCUGCUGUUACUACACAGAUACUUUCUUACUACUGUUACUACACAGAUACUUUCUUCCUACUGUUACUACGCAGAUACUUUCUUACUACCGUUGCUACACAGAUACUUUCUUACUACCGUUACUACACAGAUACUUUCUUACUACUGUUACUACACAGAUACUUUCUUACUACCGUUACUACACAGAUACUUCCUUCCUACUGUUACUACACAGAUAGUUUCUACCUACUGUUACUAUACAGAUACUUUCUCCCUACUGUUACUACACAGAUACUUUCUUCUUAUUCUUACUACACAGAUACCUUCUUCCUACCGUUACUACACAGAUACUUUCUUCCUACUGUUACUACAUAGAUACUUUCUCCCUGAUGUUACUACACAGAUACUUUCUACCUACUGUUACUAUAUAGAUACUUUCUCCCUACUGUUACUACACAGAUACUUUCUUCCUAUUCUUACUACACAGAUACUUUCUUCCAACCAUUACUACACAGAUACUUUCUUCCUACCAUUAGUACACCAAUACUUCCUCCCUGCUGUUACUACAGAUACUUCCUUCCUACUGUUACUACACAGACACUUUCUUCCUACUGUUACUAUACAGAUACUUUCUCCCUACUGUUACUACACAGAUACUUUCUUCUUAUUCUUACUACACAGACACCUUCUUCCUACCGUUACUACACAGAUACUUUCUUCCUACUGUUACUACACAGAUACUUUCUCCCUGCUGUUACUAUAUAGAUACUUUCUACCUACUGUUACUAUAUAGAU